AGGCCUAAGGGCUUUAUAAUUUUAGCGGAUAGAAACUUUUUUUAUUUUAAUCUUGCUUUUGAGAAUAAGUAUUUGACAGCUUUAAUUCUUGCUAUAGAUAGUUUACAGACGGUUAGGACUGUUAGUAGUAGAUUAAAAAAUACCGUAAGUAUGGACUAACAGAAAGACUGAAAUUAAAUUUUACAACAACUGCCAGCUGUACAGCCAAACUAAAAAUGAAGUAUAAGAUAUACGAUACUCAGAUUGAACUAAUGUGUAAACACGAACAUCUAGAGUCAGGGCUCACGCCAAUGCAACUGUUUUUAUACUAUGUUUUGGGUAUCCAGUCCGUAUCAGGUGUAUUAUUAGUUGCGAGAUCUUAGUAAAUUCACGGUUCACAUUAAAAAAUUCAGCUCUAUUCGUCCGCGAGUCACUUGAUACUCAAUUCUAGAUUCGUAAAGUUCCGGGGCACGUCGGCAGGCUUCGGCGGCGUCUGGGGUGCGUUGCCAUGGCAACGGGCGGGCACGCGGCGCUCUCGGCACGGCGGCCGCAGCCGAAAAUAAACACGAGAGCGACGCCUCGCGGACUUGUUGUGGAGCAAGGGGACACGCCACUAGGGCGCUGCGGGGCGUGCGUCCCGUGAUGUAGGUAUGUAAUUAUCGUUUCAGGUUACGCCGGAGACGUCUUCGAUUACUCUGAGCAACGUUUUUAUUUUAUUAGGCUUACUUUUAAGGAGUUUGCCGUAGUAAAGAAUAGUUAUAUUUGUAAUAGUUAUGGAUACUUACUUAUCGAGUUUGCAAAUCAGCGACCGGAUGUGAUGGCUAAGUACAAAUACACAAAUGUUUGCUCUACGUCAACUGAAUCAGUUUGAAGCGUGUUCUAACGCGGGGUUUUCCAAGAAGCAUACAAAGUUGCCGGGCGAAGGCUCGCCCGCUCCCGCACAAGACCGCUCCCGGCCUGGGGCGGGGGUGUGCGAGGCUCGGGCGGCGCGGCGCGGACGGUGCGCGCGCACUGCUCCCGCGUCAGUCGCUGGGCGGCGCGCGGCCGGCUCGCGGUCGAUAGCUGCACGCUGGCACGGGCACGGCCAUGUUGCGCGAAGCGUGCACGCGCGAGCGGCCGAGACGCGCUGCCGUGUGAGUGAAGUGUUGUGGAGUGGACACCGGCCCCCUCUUCCCCCCGCGCCGCCACGCGCGGCGCUGCUGCCUCGAGCUUUCGGAUUUUUUUAAUAAUGCGGCAGUCUUAUGGAGUCUAGCUUAGGCAUUACGGAAGCCGAUUCAUGUCAUGCGCUGAUUUCAUACGCAAUGCUAUCUGAUACAAGUGAGGGCGACCGCGGGGGCGAGCGGCGACGCGGCGCGGGCGCAGCGGUGUCGCGCGGCAUGCGGCGCCGUCCGCUGCUGCCGCUGCUGCUGCUGGCGCUGCUUCGCGCGCACGGCCUGCUCGCCGCAUCUGGAGUGUCUCUUGAAUAUGAAGCUGAUUACACACUGGAUGAUUCAUUUUGGAAUGAGGAGAGCCCAGUUGGUGAAGUUGAGCGGCUGCUUCGCGAGUACAGACAGAAUCAGGAGUUGGUGCGGAACAUCGGCGCGCACUACUACCAGAUCAUAUACCCGGUGCAGCUGCGACACCACGAGAAGAUGGGAAUAUCCACACGCGAAGUCAGCACACCCAAGGGCAGAGGAUAUGACUACCAGCAGGGCACGAGGUCGCGCGCAAGGACUGGAAAACAUUUUCAUAGGACAUCACUUCUCAUCAAAGCUUUCAACCACAAGUUUAGACUGGACCUUGAGCUUAACACGCAACUGCUAGCACCAAAUCUGAAACAAACGCAAUAUCUAGCCAACGGUGCCGAGAGCGACAUCAGGACUGAAAUCGAGCACUGCUACUACCACGGCACGGUGAAGGACUACCCCGGUGCGUCGGCCGCCUUCCACACCUGCAACGGAGUCUCCGGCGUCAUCCACAUCGGGAACGAGACCUUCGUCAUUCAUCCCUUCUACGGCGGAGAUCUUUCGAAACACCCUCAUGUGAUCUUCGAGGCACGCACGAAGGCCAACAAGGGGUGCGCCAACAAGCUGGAGUUCAGACCCAAGAGCCGCCGCACCAAGCACGUCCCCUACAUCGAGGAACUGCUCUCCGAUGACCCUGGCGCGGAUUCGUCAUUUCACAACUGGCGCUGGUGGCAGGACUCCGGGCUGCGCGCGCUGAACCGACGCAGGCGUGACGUCAGAGAGACCACCAAGUACAUCGAGACGGCGCUGGUCAUCGACAAGGCUAUGUUCGAUCGCAGGAACGGCAGCACUCGCUCCGAAGUCGUCCACGAUGCCAUACAAGUUGCUAAUAUUGCUGAUCUAUACUUCCGCACUCUCAACACUCGGGUCUCGCUGGUGUACAUCGAGUCGUGGCAGAGCGCCGACCAGGCGGACAUCGACCGCAAGCAGGACAUCACCCGCGCCAUCCACAAGUUCAGCGACUACACCGCCAGGAAACUCUUCAAGAUCGAGAAGGACACCACGCAGCUGCUCACGGGCCUCACAUUCCCGGGUGGCGAGUCCGGGAUCUCGGUCCCGGACACGCUCUGCACGCCCAAAUCCGUGGGCAUAUCCGUGGACACGAACACGUAUGAACCUCAUCUCCUGGCGGGGACCAUGGCACAUAUGAUUGGACAUAAUAUCGGUAUGGGCCACGAUGACGGGCGCGAGCAGUGCUUCUGCCGCGACUGGCACGGCUGCAUAAUGGCGCAGUCCAUCGUCGGCUCCGACAACGUACAGCCCUACAAGUUCUCCGACUGCUCCAAGAACGACUACAUCAACGAGCUCCGAGUGGGGCAGGGCCUCUGCUUACUCAACAAACCUAACGAGCUGGUGAUCCACCACCAGUGCGGCAACGGGCGGCUGGACGAGGGCGAGGAGUGUGACUGCGGUACCAUCACGGAGUGCCAGAACACCAACCCGUGCUGCGACCCCUUCACCUGCCGCCUCACCAAGGAGGCGCAGUGCGCGUCUGGAGAGUGCUGCGAGAGAUGCCAGCUUAAACCACGCGGCGUAGUAUGUCGGGAUGCGACCAACGAAUGUGACCUAGAGGAGACCUGCACCGGUCUCUCCGGCACCUGCCCCACUGACGCCCACCGGAAGAACGGGGAACCGUGUGAGGAAGGCAAGGGGUACUGCUUCGCAGGUCAAUGCCCCACGCUGUCCUUACAGUGCGAACAGAUCUGGGGCCAAGGGUCUUCUGGCGCCGACAAGGAAUGCUUCGAGCAGUUCAACUCUAAAGGAGCAGUCACAGGUCAUUGUGGGAAGGAUGGGAAUGGACAUUUUAUUAAGUGUGAAACUGAGAACGUCCGAUGCGGUUCCCUUCAGUGCCAGCAAGGGAACCGCUACCCGAUAGUACCGGGCUUGGACGAGUACUACACGAGGACUGUCAUCAGUAUCAAGGGAAAUGAGUAUGAAUGCAAAGCAACCACAGGUCUUCCGAAGCACGCAGAAAUAACGCCACUGGGGCUGGUGCGGGACGGUACACCAUGUGGGGACAAUCUGGUCUGCGUCAACCAGACCUGCACCUCCAUCUUCCCCUACAUCGAUCACACUAAGUGCCCCACGGACCAUAACAACAACGAGUGCUCUGGCAAAGGGGUGUGUUCUAAUAUGAACAAAUGCGUGUGUAACCGUGGCUGGACGGGGCCCGACUGUUCGCACCACGAUGCGCUGCCCCCAUCGCCCACCCCAUACGUACCCGACAAUAGCACCAAGGCUGCUUACAAUAUGACCAAAAAGGAAACACCGUAUGAGAACUACCACGGCUCGAACACGGUUUUCCUCGUGGCGGUGCUCAUGUCUGUGGUAGGGGGGGUAUUCAUAGUAUUUGCCCUGAGCGCUCUCUGCUACAGGUCAGUCGUAGUACACAAAAACUUCUCCCUGUGCCUAAGGAAAAAGAGCACUUCACGGAAAUACGACCCGCCUUACGUGAAGAAGCCCAUCGCGAAGAGCUUUGCGGCUGGAUCCACAGCCUCUAACAAUUCACAAGAGGACAUCUCCCUGGACGGAGGGAAGAUGCAUUCGUUCAAUAAUACAUUCAGAAAUCUCUUAAGCCGUGGAGACUCGCAACGAGUGAUAUUCAGGCACGGGAACCACAUGGCAGGUGCUGGAGCCACCAGCAGAUAUCCGGACCACAAACAAAUGAAACGCGUACACUCUGGCAGCGAAGAUGAACCUACUCAUUCAGGCGAAGAAGACAUAGCCUUUAUUGACGUCGCUCAAAACUCGAUGGCGAAGCUACCCGAGAAAGGCAUCCUGAAGAAGCAUGGAUAUGGCGCCGUCGACGGGAAAGACAAGUGGGGAGAUGACUCGCAGUCAGAGCAGCUGGAGGCAGGCUCGCAGUCCGACGGCCAGGAACAAGCUGGAGCAGUGGCUGAUAUGGAAUAUAAGUUUAAGGUGGAGUUAAAUUUAAUUAGGCGUUUGUUUUCGCCGGCAAAAUACUAAGGGUAGUUUAUGUCUUAUUCAUCGUCGGCCUAGCCUUUUCCCAAGUAUGUUGGGGUCGGCUUCCAGUCUAACCGGA